AUGAACCACUUUCCGGAAGUCUGGGGUCGUCCGCGAGACGAUGUGUAUGGGGCCUAUGAUCACUCAUAUCUCCAGACAUCUGGUCCAACAACUCAUACCCAGCGCCCAAUCGUGACAGGAACUUCCGUUAUUGGUGUCAAGUUCAAGGAUGGUGUCGUUAUAGCUUCUGACAACCUGGGUUCCUACGGCUCUCUUGCUAGAUUUACCGACCUGAAGCGUCUCCGGGCCUUCGACAACUCCUCUGUAGUUGGAUUUGGCGGCGACAUCUCUGACAUGCAGUACAUCGACCGCGUUUUGAACACGCUAGACAUACAAGAGAACUACUCUACAUACGGAGAGCAUUCUCUCAACGCUAAAAACUUACAUACAUACCUGUCCAAGCUGCUUUACCAGCGACGAUCCAAAUUCGACCCUCUCUGGAACCAUAUUCUUGUUGCCGGGCUCGAUGAUGAGGGCAAGCCAUUCCUUAGCUCUGCAGACUUGUUGGGAACGACUUAUUCCGCACCAGCUCUUGCCACAGGGUUUGGAGCCCACUUGGCUGUCCCCAUUCUCCGUCGAUUGUUCCCCGAGGAGGAUGGGAUAGAUAACAUCACGAAGGAGGCGGCCGUCGAUGCUAUGAAGCAGUGUAUGAGGGUACUUUUCUACCGAGAUGCGAGAAGCUCAGACAGAUAUUCCAUCGCUGUUGUCACCAAGGAAGGCGUGGAUCUUAAGGAGGAUGAAGCUCUGGAGAACCAGAGCUGGGCGUUUGCUGAUAGAAUCAGGGGUUAUGGCACUCAAGUCAACUAA